AUGGAAAAUAAGAAUAAUAAUCACGAAGUGAUUGACCUCACUUCUGAUGAUCUUGAAGAAAAUGUUCUAGUCAAUCAAAGAGAAAUUAAAGAGAAAUUAAAGAAACCAAAAAUUUUUAGGUUGAGUCUUAAUAAAAGAGAACAACAUCUACAAAAAGAAACACGACAAUUUUAUCCAAAAGUAACGAGUAUGUCUAAACAAAAUAAAAGUGAAAGUUUCACUUAUCAAAAUGAAGUGACUAAAAAAUGUGAAGGAAUUGAAUGUCCAAUUUGUCUUCAAUUAACACGAAAUGUAAUGACAACACAAUGUGGUCAUUUAUUUUGUAAAGCAUGUUUGGCUAUAGUUUUUACAUCAAGCGAUAAAACGCCACUCUGUCCUAUUUGUCAUUCACAAAUCAGUCCAAUCACAUCACACAGAAUCUAUCUCUAA